GUUACUGAGGCGGUGACUGUCCUCCCUUCUGCUGCUUACAGAGAUAAGAGCCAAAAAAAAAACGACUUAUGUGUCAGAAAACAGCCGCAGUUUGCCCUUGACUUCAACGGCUUGCAUUUGUUCCCAAUGACUGAUUCAGGCCUGCUCGAUAAGAAGCUGGGAGUAGAGGAUGGAGGCGCGGGGAGAAAGAGCAAGAAGAAGCCAAAGGGCGAAGACGCUUGGAGACCACUGGGACCCAGAGACCCGUUUGCUAUGCUGGAUGCUCUGCCAGAGAAGAAGCAACAAGAGAUCCAGAAAGCCCUCCACCUCUUUGCUCUAGGUCCAAGUCCACCCAGGAGUCUGCAGGAGGCCGAGAGACACACUUAUCGCUUCUGGGAUACACAGCCUGUCCGUAGACUGAAGGACAAUGCUACAAGUCACGGUCCAAUAGUAGAGAGUGAGGCCGGUGUUCGCAAAGAUCCGUACUCUCUGCCUCAAGGUUUUUUUUGGGACACCCUGGAUCUGAAUAGCUCCUCUGUCCUGCGAGAGCUUUGCGCUCUGUUGAAUGACAACUACACAGAGGAUGAUGACAACACCUUCAGACAUGACUUUUCUCCUGAGUAUCUGCAGUGGACUUUACAGCCUCCUAACUGGCUGACCCAGUGGCACUGCGGUGUGCGCGUUAGCGCCAACAAGAAGCUAGUCGGCUUCAUCGCUGCUGCUCCUGCCCACCUCCGAGUAUAUGAAACCCUGAGGCAGAUGGUGCACGUCAAAUUCCUGUGCGUUCAUAAGAAGCUGCGCCUCAAGCGCAUGACUCCAGUUCUGAUCAGAGAGGUCACCAGGCGGGUCAACCAGCAGGGCCUGUGCCAGGCUGUCUACACAGCUGGGGUGGUGCUGCCAGCUCCUCUGAGCUCUUGCAGAAUCCGGGAGCGGCCUCUGAAUGUUCAGAAGCUAAUGGAGGUGAACUAUCCAGGACUGAAACCGGACGUGAGUCUGCAGCGAGCGCUCAGGUUUAAUCGCCUGCCAGAGGUGAGGAAACGCUGCCACCUAGAGACACCCCCCCCCAUACAGGAUGAUGAUGGCAAAGUGACGGACAUGGUGAGCUUCUACGGUACUGCCUUCAGGGUGCUGAAUCACCCAAUACACACUGACCUGAGAGCAGCCCAUCUCCUGUGUGCAGUGUCAUCUGUCCCCGAGCCGACUGACCUCAUCGAGGACGCCCUGGUUCUUGCCAGAGCUAAAGGCUUUGACGUCUUCACCGCCCUCAAUGUGAUGGGUAACACGACUUUCCUGACAAAACUGAAGUUCAGUGACAGUGAAAUAAGCCUUCAUUACUACCUCUACAACUGGCAGUGUCCCGACAUAAGCCCUGACAAGGUGGGUAUUGUGCUGCCCAGCUAAUCAGAUGUCACAUUCAGACAGAUGG